GACCGAUGUCGCAUGCUGGGCGUCACUGACUUGUCGGGGCGCCGCGGUUGUCGUCAGCAGAAGCAAAAGGCUAGCCGCUAGCCUCAGAGCUAACGGUCCUCAAAGCUGAGCAUGCGCACGCUAGGCGCGAGCACACGGGCUGCGGGCACGCGCACAGGUCUGUGAAUGCAGCACGAUGCCCCUCCCUCCACCUCCUCCCUCUGGCGGACCCCCGCCCGCCUCCAGCCAGGUGAACGGGUGUGGCGCCCUGCUGUCUGACAUCUGUAAAGGCGCCAGGCUGAGGAAGGUGGCGCAGGUGAACGACCGCAGCGCGCCGUUGCUGGAUGACAAGAGCCGCCCCCCCCCGACGGACCACCCCUACAUCCGCCUUUACCAGUACCUCCACCAGCAGCAGGGGGCGCCCUCUGACAGCGGCCGAGGAUGCGCUCGUUCCGCCUCCACUCGUGCGACGGCGCCCCUCCCGCCCGACUAUCGCCAUGACAACACACAAAGCCCCUCUCCUCAGCAAAGGCGAGCCUCCUCUUCACCCCCCGGCCCCUCUGCAGGCUCCUCCCCUGACCCCCUUCCCCAAGCGCUUGUGAGUCGCCGUGGCAACGCGCCUUCCCCUCCCUCUUCUGCUUACCACACAGAAACCGCCCCCACUCCGACUCCCGGCAAUCCCCCCACGCCGCCCUCGCCCGGCUACAGCAGACGGCCCCCCACCACGGGAGGAAACCCACCCUCGUCCUCGUCCCUGGCCCCGACCCCACCGGCCUACCGCCUCACCGACGUCUCGCUCAGCAACAAGAGGGCCGCCCCCUUGCCAGGAGGCCACACCCCCACCAGGGGGCCCGCCCCUCCACCGCCCCCUCCUUCCCCCAGUUCAUCCCAGCUGGGAGGCCAGAGGCCGACACCCCCUCCCGGAAGAGGAACAGCAAGCAGAGAGGCUCCGCCCCCUCCUCCGUGCAGAGCACCGGGUAGCCCCUCCCUCUCUUCUGACCCCCCCACAAGGGGAAAGCCUCCUCCCCCGCCUACUCGCACCCCGGCUGCUCCCCCCCCGCCCCCCCCUCCUCUCCACCAUGGACACGCCUCCUUGUCAUCCGUCACGUCCUCGUUGAUUGAGGACUUUGAGUCCAAAUAUUUGUUUCACCCGCUGGACGACUUCCCUCCUCCAGACGAGUACCGCCACUUCACCAAGAUCUACCCCAGCAAGGCCUACAGAGCCGUGAGGGGGGCACCCCCGCUGCCCCCCGUGGGUCGGUGAAGCGACAGGACGACACGCGUGCCCGACAUCAUCACGUCAUGGCGGCAUGAGUCCUCUUUGGCAUCACAAGACAAAGAUGGAAGAGCUUUUAUUUUGAAGGGUGUGACGUGACGGUGGUCACGUGGCUGAAGUUGUUGUGAAGUCAUGUGAUGAUGUAUCCUCCAAUAAACAACCCUGCAUUA